GGUUCUAAAUUUGUGCACUUCUCCUGCAGUUGAACCCCCCCACCCCACCCCCUCUGAUUAAUCCUUCACUAGUUUUUUCUCCUUCCAUGGAAAACUUGAGGGGGAAAAAUGGGAUGUCUGUGCCUGAGUUCGGCGGGUGGGAUGGGAAGAGUGAAACCAAUUACUCGGUGGUAUUCUCACAGGCGCGCGCUAACAAGAAGAAGCACAAGAGUGAGCUGCCCACUCGCAAUAGCCAUGGGAAUGAGUUUGAGCUACUCCCGCAAGAUCGUGACGACGUUGAGGCUUUUUCGGCUACGAAAAAUCAAAUGUCUGUACCUCAAUUUGGUGGAUGGGAUGGAAAGGCUCAGAACGAAACCAAUUACUCGGUAGUGUUCACACACGCCCGUGCUCACAAGAAGAAGCACAAGAGCGAACUGCCCCCUCGCAAUAGCCUUGGGAAUGAAUUCGAGUUCCCCACCCUACACCCCAACGAGGGUGUCGUUUUUUCAACUAUGCCGAAAAAGAAGAAGGAGAAGAAGACGAAGACAUGGUUUAGUUGUUUUGCUACGUACUGAUCCGAUUACGUCGUCGCAUUUUUUCACAAUUAAAAGCAUUUUUUGUGUAUUUUUCGACCCAAUAUCGACAUCGUCCAUAGUAAGUCGUAUUAGUAGACUACUCGAAAGUAUAGUAAGUCAAAUGCUAAGAUUUUUGGAGUAAAUAAAUUCCCUAUUUAUUGAAUUUUAGUGGCUAGUGGACAUUUCCAGGGCCGGUAUUAAUGCAUUUUUCCCUAUUAUUGUU